AUUAUUCUUAAAUAUAAAGUUUUGAGCUGAAAAGUUCAAAUGUACAUUGUGAUUAUUCCCCAGUAUGCUAAACCUUUGAACAUACUCGAGCGAUGAGUUUAAAUUAAGUAAACCAGUGAUGAGCUUUGCAGUCAGUGGGUGUCUCUUGUUUAUUGACUUUCCUUAGGAAGAGCCUAAAAUCAAUGUGUAAAAACUUUAUACUCAGUUUAUACUCAGUUCUUCUGUUGCUUGCCUUUUUAGUGAUUGCUUUGUCAUCCUUGCCCUGGUGUACUAUCAUCAUUCUUACUGUUUUGUAGAACAACUCCUGUCUGACUUAUUUUAUACACUUUUAAAACAGACUGAUCUUAGAGCUGAUUGCGUAGCUCUUACAGGAGGUAAGAAGUAAAGCAAAUCGAGUUUCCAACUGACAGCUUGUGUGGUCUUCAUAGCAUCAAAAGUCACUGAUUUCAGAUGCAAUGAAGACCAGGCAAGCUUUCAGUGGGAAUUGCAAAGAUAAAGGGUCAUGCUGAAUUAAACUCUGGUUUGAUUAGAAAUACUACCGUCUGAAUGGAAGGCAGAUUGAAGGGUUGCGCUUAAGAUAUGGGAUGGUGAUAAAUUAAAUACUUGGCUCACUGCAGAAGGUUUCUGUUUGAAUACAGAUAUAAGAUGAAGCAGAUGAUGUGCUUUACUGUCUAAUUAGAGGCUUCAAGAGGUUGGAGUGCGUGUGUGUGGGGGGUUACCCUGGACACAUCCUUGUGUCACCUUUUUGUCUCCAAUCCUGGUUCCUAUCCUAGUUCAGUAAAAUGAAUGUUCAGAAAAUCUUUCUCUAAAAUCUUUUAAGAGAUUAGGAUUUUCCGCCCUAUAAUGUUGAAAAUGUUUGCUGUCAUGGUAUGAAUUUACAAGGAAAAUUAAAUUUGAAGUCAGCUGCAGUUCCAUUCCAGGUUUUCAGUGCACAAUUUCACAAUAUGCCUAACGUGUUCAAACUGUGGACCAGGACUUCCCAAAGAAGUAGUCAUGCUCUCCUACUUGUUUCUACUGGUAACUGAUUCUCAGUAUCGUAAAAAGGAUCAGACCUCUGAUGAUACAAGCAUAAAAGCAGAAAUAGAGCAGGCCAAAAUCGCAUUGUUUCAAUUGUGGUUCUGAAGACCAUCAAAUGAAAGACUGUCCAAAGCCACGAAAUGCAGCUCGCAUAAGUGAGAAGAGAAAGGAGUUUAUGGAAGCUUGUGGUGAAGCAAGCAAUCAGAAUUUUCAGCAGCGUUAUCAUGCAGAAGAAGUAGAAGAGAGGUUUGGAAAAUUUAAACCAGGAGUAAUUAGUGAGGAACUUCAAGAUGCACUUGGUGUCACAGAUAAGAGUCUUCCUCCAUUUAUAUAUCGUAUGCGACAGCUGGGUUAUCCUCCAGGUUGGCUCAAGGAGGCUGAAAUGGAGUACUCGGGACUUGCGCUUUAUGAUGGAAAAGAUGAUGGUGGAACAGAAGAUGAAGGAUCUCGUCAACCAAAACGUAUCACUUAUGAUGUCUCUAAGUUGAUAAACUAUCCAGGCUUUAAUAUAUCCACUCCAAGUGGGAUCCCAGAUGAAUGGCAGAUAUUUGGUUCCAUCCCCAUGCAGCCAUCUCAACAGAAGGAUGUGUUUGCUAACUACCUUUCUAAUUUUCAUGCGCCAAGUCCAAAAUCUAGUAAUAAAAGGGCUGCAUCUCAGUCAAGCUCUCAUCAUUCAAAACGGCCAAAAGAAGACAAUUCAGAGGUACCAGCAUCUGACAUGGACCUAGAUUCUGAUCUGGAAGUGUCACAAAGAUCUCAAACUCCUAGCAGUUUUCAGUUCCAACCUCCGCUGCCACCUGGACGUCCAUCGAUGUCAACUCCUCCUCCUUUACCACGAGGAACACCACCACUAAAUCUUACAGCAACUCAACCUUCAACAGCCACCCGCCCUCCUCUUCCUAGGACUACUCCACCAUUGAAUCCUUCCAGUGAUACCCCUCAGCCAAAAAUAGUGGAUUCAAUCAUGGAUGAAGAUACUCUGACCCUGGAAGAGCUAGAGGAACAGCAGCGAUUAAUCUGGGCAGCACUAGAGCAGGCAGAAAGCACAAACAGUGACUCUGAUAUUCCUGUUGAUACACCUUUAACUGGCAAUUCUGUUACAUCAUCACCAUCUAGGAAUGAAGUAGAUCUUGUUGCAGAAGUAAGAUCAUCUGAUGAGGUGAUUACAGUGGAAACCAGGUUUUCCGACAUCCGUGAACAGGUACCAGAAAAUGGACGUUCUGUAACUAGUCCUAAUCCAGGAGACGGUUUACUUAACUUGAAGGAAAAUCCUGAUAAUACAGAUUCUGAAGGCUUGCUGGAUAACACCAUGCCUGCUCCCAGCCAUGAGGUUAACAAUGGAGAAAAUACAGGUGGUAAUAAAGAGGUCACAAGCAUUGAAUCAGCUGCAAAAAACUCCAGUCUUGUUCCUGACAUGAGCAAGUUUGCUGCAGGCAUAACACCAUUUGAAUUUGAAAAUAUGGCAGAAUCAACAGGUGUUUAUCUACGAAUAAGAAGCGUGUUAAAAAAUUCCCCGAGAAACCAGCAGAAGAAAAAGACUUCAUCUUAACUGGUCUAACUUUGUUUCAUUAUGUUCAAAUCUCUGCUUCCUUCUCUUUCCUCUUCCAGUUUUACAAACUUGGAUAGCCUUCCUCAUCCUUUUGCGGGAAGGAGAAAAUCUUGACAAAUACAGCUCUGCCCCGUUCUUCCUUGGGACUGAAGUUAGCACAGGGCUUCCGUAUUGACCAGGACCACCAAUGCAGCCAGAAAAUACAGAAGGAUUUUCCCAAAUUGCAUCCUUCCACUAAGGAAUAACAGGACUGUUGAUUUGUUAAGAGUUAUUUACUUGCCAAUACAUGAAACUCUAAAAAGAGGAGUUUGUGGUUUGCUGUUCAUUACUUUGGCUAAGAUUUAUAUUGUCCUUGAGUUUCAGGUGGAUUGGUGAUUUUUUUAAUAUCUGUCCUUUGUACAAUAAUCUACACUUUAUACAUUUUGCUAAUUAUCCUGUAGAUAAGUUUAAUAUAUUCAGAAUGUUUUUAAAAAGGUCCAACAUUAAGAUUUCCCACAUCGAAAUCCUGACAAUUGGAUGAAAAUAAUCAGGGAUUACCAGCAUUAUCGUCACCAUUUCAAAUAUUUUUAUAAAUUAUUUAUGUGGGUCAGAUUUAAUUACCACUGUAUCUUUUGUAACAUCAUCCUUCAUGUAAACUUGCUGUACAUACAUGUUCAUUGUUGUGUACAGAGGUUUAAUA